UUAGUCUAUUUGACGGUCCGCCGCUACACGAGAAAAUUGGAGGCGGCUCAAACCGCUCUUAAAAAUAACCCAUCGAUCGUCUUCAUCAAGUUUCAGGGGAAAAAAAAACAAUAAAUCUUCAUCAAGUUUGAGUUGAUCGGAGUUCUGAGAAUCCCGGACACGGACUUUUCAGCCAAACACCGACGUAUAACAUACGUAAAUUUCUGAUUUCGAUUUAUAUCGUUUUAUGAUACUACUGUACAGCAGAAAGGUCAGGUGACGAAGGAAAGGGAAAAGUGUUUGAAUAGAAAGGGAAUCGCUGGUAAUGAACUAAGAAAGGAAAAGGAAAUGAGAGAAGUUGACGGUUUCCGUGGAAUUGGGGUUGGGAAUGAACCCGGGGCUUCCACUUCAUCUACUACACCCAUCGAUUCCUCUAAUAUUGGUUUCCAGCUUCUGAAGAAACAUGGUUGGAAAGAAGGAACCGGCCUAGGUAUCUCUGAGCAGGGGAGACUAGAACCUAUACAGGCUUAUUUGAAGAAGAAUAAGCGAGGGUUGGGUGCAGAUAAAGUAAAGAAGAAGAUGCCACAACGUUCAGAAAAUAUUGAGAAGCUCGCUUCCGAUGGGAAAAAUGACAAAGUGCCUUCUAAAAAUAAAGCAAAGGCCAUUUCUAAAAGGAUGAAAAAGAUGCAAGAGUUUGAAGAGCGGCUAAAGGAGAAGGAAUUUGAACAGGCCUUUUUCAGGGAAUUUUGGCCAGAUAACGUUUGACGGUUCCAUUGUCUCUCCUCCAGCUAGUUUUUUUUAGCUAAUGAGAGAGACCAUAUUUUUGUUUCAUUCUUCCUUGAUUUUAAAACAUCAGGCAGCAGGGUGGAAAGCAUCCCUUCAAAUGGUGUAUAUGUAUAUAACCUAUAAAUGGAGCAACAGAAGUCUCUUAACGUUUGGCCUGAAUUAUUAUUUCUUAAAUGCAGAAAUGUAUUAUUAUUUUGCAUCUUUGUGGUACUCAAAUUUAAUAUUUAAUUAAUUAUUGAUUUAGUUCA